AUGGCGUCAUCCUCGUCAGAGAAAACCAUGGAGGACCCAUCUCCAACAACACCACCGCCGCCGCCACGAACACCGUCGACGCCGUCAUCGGAGACUCCCAUGACUACGCACGUGGCAUUGCCGAGGGCACUGAUCGAGAAGCUGAGAAGCAUAAAGAACUGGGGCGAAAUGUACCGUUGGAUGUACGACGACGAAAAAAUCCGGCGGGUUUGGGAGAUUCAACAUAACAUGGACGUCAACGAUCUCCUCGACUACGUUAUGUACGGUGAAGGGGAAGAAGUUGUUUGGGACGACGACGUUUGGGAAUUGCAGCGAAUUGUGCACACCCCUGAUCAAGAUCGUCAGCCGGUACCGUCGCCGCCUCCACAACCUCCUAAAAUGACCGAAACUAAUGCCUAUAUGAACGUUGACGUCGGAGAUCAGCCGCCAUCGCCGCCGGCCGAAGGAAGCCCUAAUACUGAAAAAAUAACGGCAUUAAUUAAUUAUUAGGAUUAUAUUUAUUUUUUCCUUAAUAUUAUUGCAUGGCUGUGAUAAUGAAAACGCAAAUUUGGAUGGAUCGAAGGGUUUUUUUUUUUUGUUUUUUUGGUUUUUUU